AUGGCAAUUUCGACAACGCAUCCGUUUCUUUUGACAGGGACUGAUAACGGACAUGCUCUUGUAUUUGACACUAGCGAUCUUGGCCAAAGCAAGCUUAAGUUCAAGUUGUCCCAGUUGCACGAAGAUUCAGUGAACAAGAUCCUCCCUAUGCCAGCUGUCUCUCCAUAUCAUUUUUUAUCUCUUGGCUCAACAACUCUUACUCAUUUCGACAUUAGAAAAGGGCCAAUCACGCAGUCUGACGACCAAGAAGAUGAACUACUCUCGAUGUGUUAUCCCACCGAGUUCGUGGAUAAGGGAAAAAAUGAUACUGUUUUAGUGUCACAUGGUGACGGUAUCGUCACUCUUUGGAGAGAAAGUACAAACAGAUUAUCCGAUCAAAUUCUGCGAAUAAAAGUUAACAAGGCAGCUUCAAUUGAUGCCAUUAUACCUACUAUGAAUGCUGGUGAUGACGAUAUGAACGACUGUGUUUGGUGCGGAGAUAGUGAAGGUCUUCUUCAUCGUGUAGACUACAAAAAAUCCAGAGUCGUUGAAACCCGUGCUCAUUCAGCCCUGAUGGGAAAAUUAGGCGCAUCAGACGAAGUUGGAGGACUUGAUAUUGACUUCGAAUAUCGACUCAUAAGUUCAGGAAUGGAAGGAUUGAAAAUUUGGACUGACCAAGGUGAAGCGAAUGGGUGUGAUGAUGAAGAACACAAUUAUAGUAGUGAUUCGGAGGAGGGCUCUCUGUCCGAUACUAGUUGUGACUUAGAUUCUAGUCAAUCUGAAUCAAACAUUGGGUCGGAUCUCGACCUUUCUGAUGAAGGCUCUGGAAAUGAAAGAGCGGUUAAUUUGGUCAAAAAGCGCCGUCAGCCAGUUCAGACUCAUGAUACGUCGCAGAAAAAGAAGAAAAUUGAUUUAAACAAGAUCACAAGAGAAGAUACGGCCAUCAGGGAGACGGAGAUUGACAACCAAAAACAGAGCAAACGAAAGGAGAAAAAUUCUAAUAAAGGUGCGAAGUCAAAGACAGGUAACAACGGGAUUAUGAAAUUUGAGGGUAUGUGA